UGAUGUUUUAGGGAGGGGAGAUGGAAGAGAAAAUUGGACUUGGGAGAUUUGGAGGCUCGUUGAAGGUUGACAAUGUGCAGGCUCUCGCUGCAAAGGUGAGCUCAGAGAUUCCAGAUAGAUAUGUGAGGGAGGAGAGGAAGGCCGACAUAGUCGCCCGCGACGAAGAAAACUCCGGCGAAGGCAUCCCGAUCAUCGAUUUCGGCAAGCUAUACGAUUCCGAGUACUCGGAGGAGGAAGCUGCAAGGCUGCACUCCGUCUGUGCAGAUUGGGGCUUCUUUCAGCUAAUAAAUCAUGGCAUAUCCCAAGAUAUUAUAAGCAAACUAAGACAAGACAUUGAAGAGUUCUUUAAGCUUCCAUUAGAAGAGAAGGAGAAAGUCGCUCAAAUACCGGGCCAAAUAGAAGGCUACGGCCAAGCAUUUGUUCAUUCAGAGGAACAAAAACUUGAUUGGGGAGACAUGCUUUUCCUCGCAACAUUUCCUCCAAACAUCAAACAAUUGCAAUUAUGGCCCACUAAUCCGCCUUCAUGCAGGAAAACUCUUGACGAGUAUGCAAUGGAAGUGAAAAGAGUAGCUGACGGUCUCUUCAAAAUGAUGUCAAAAAAUUUGGGGCUAGGAUUUGAGAAGUUUUAUGAGAUGUUCAGAGGGGGUAUGCAAUCUUUCAGAUUCAAUUACUAUCCUCCAUGUCCAUGUCCUGAGAAGGUCUUGGGUCUUUCUCCGCACUCUGAUGCUGUCGGAUUGACAGUAUUGCUACAAAUAAAUGAAGUGCAAGGCUUGCAAAUUAGAAGAAAUGGUGGAUGGCUCCAUGUUAAAGCUCUACCGGAAGCUUUCAUUGUUAACGUUGGUGAUGCUAUUGAGAUAUUAUGCAACGGGAAAUAUAAAAGUAUUGAGCACAGGGCUAUUGUGAGAAAUAACAAGGAGCGGCUAUCAGUUGCUGGAUUUCAUACACUAAAUGUUGGUGAUGUGGUGGGACCGUUACCAGAGAUAUCAAAAAGAGAUAAGUUGCUUUAUAGAAGUUUGCCUUUUGAAUAGUAUGCAAAGCUUAUUUUUGCUAGCAAAUUGGAAGGAAAGAAUAUUUUGGAUCACAUGAAAUUGGAUGAAUGAUGAUGAGGAUGAAUGACAUAGCUCUCCUACUUAUAUAGAUGUCAAGGCCAUUGAAACUUUGUAGUUGGUGAUAAAAUACAUGUAAGAGAUUUAAAAUGUCUUUUAUUUUUAUU